AUUGAUAAGAAAAAGUAAAAAAGAAAAAAGAAAAAUAGCAACCCACCACCACUACACAAACAUCCCCAUCCCCAUCCCCCACCUGGAACCGACCUAUGCUAACUAUUUCAGAACUUGGUAUUUAGGGGAGUCUCGAACCCUAACCCGAAACUAGAAAUUACAGCACCAAAACACUUGAAACUUGAAGUCUUGGUUUGUAUAUCAAAGGGUUUCUGUAACAAAAACUACUCUGAGGCUGAGAGAGAGAGAGAGAGAGAGAGAGAGAGAGAAUGGGGAAGAACGAGAAGACGGGGCUGGGUAGGGCUCUGGUGAGACAACACAACCAGAUGGUUCAGCAGACGAAAGAGAAAGGCCUUAUGUACAAGAAGCAGCAGAAGAAGGUUCUCGAAUCUGUCACCGAAGUCAGCGAUAUCGACGCCAUCAUCGAACAAGCCGACGAGGCCGACCGCCUUUUCUCCAUCAACAACCCAACUCCAAACCUCCUCAUCGACUUGGAUGGAAAUGAGAUAAGCCCAGAGCAGAGAAGGGAGCAGCAGAAGGAAGAGGAGGCCUUGCAUGCCGGGAGUCUGCGGGUCCCACGGAGGCCUCCGUGGACCCCUGAAAUGUCUGUGGAGCGGCUUGAUGCCAACGAAAGCCAGGCCUUCUUGACCUGGCGCAGAAGCCUUGCGCGGCUUGAGGAGAACGACAAGCUUCUUCUUACUCCUUUCGAGAAGAACCUCGAUAUUUGGAGGCAGCUAUGGCGGGUCGUUGAGCGAAGCGAUUUGCUUGUGAUGGUUGUUGAUGCACGAGACCCUCUGUUCUAUCGCUGCCCUGAUCUUGAGGUAUAUGCACGAGAGGUUGAUGAGCACAAAAGGACAAUGCUGCUCGUUAACAAAGCAGAUCUCUUACCUUUAUCUGUUAGAGAGAAGUGGGCAACAUAUUUUCGUGCGCAAGAUAUUCUCUUUGUAUUUUGGUCAGCUAAAGCUGCUUCAGCUGCUGCAGAGGGGAAAGAUCUCAGUUCCCCGUGGAAGACAGAAAAUAGCCUGCAAGAAUCAGAAGACCCUGAUACAAGAAUAUAUGGGAGGAUUGAGCUUUUGACUCGAUUACAGUCUGAGGCAGAAGAGAUAGUCAAACUGAGGAGGAAAUCAGGAUCCAGCAGUAUAGGCUCACCCAGGAUUCGUUUUCAAGGAAAUUCAGCUUCUAGGAAUGUAGUUGUGGGAUUUGUUGGUUAUCCAAAUGUGGGAAAGAGCUCGACAAUUAAUGCCUUGGUAGGCCAGAAGAAGACAGGUGUUACCUCUACUCCUGGGAAGACAAAGCAUUUCCAAACAUUGAUUAUGUCUGAUGAGUUAACCCUAUGUGACUGCCCUGGAUUAGUCUUUCCAUCCUUUUCAAGCUCAAGACAUGAGAUGAUUGCCUCCGGUGUAUUGCCAAUUGACCGAAUGACUGAGAAUAGGGAGGCUAUGCAGGUAGUGGCAAAUCGAGUUCCCAGACAUGUUAUUGAAGAAGUUUACAGGAUUGAUCUGCCAAAACCCAAAUCAUAUGAACUGCAGUCUCGGCCACCUCUGGCAGCAGAGUUUCUGAGGGCAUACUGUGCCUCUCGUGGGUACGUUGCCUCAAGUGGGCUCCCUGAUGAAACAAGAGCUGCGCGCCAAAUUUUGAAGGAUUACAUUGAUGGGAAGCUGCCCCAUUACCAAAUGCCUCCUGGAAUGACCAAUGAAGAAGAUGUUGCGGAACACAGCUUGUCUGAACAGCAUGAAUCGGAUGCCUCUGAUAACGAAAACCCUGCAGAUGCUGAAGGUGAAAACGUACCGGAGCUUGAUCAUGCCCUGGAUGACCUCAAUUCAUUUGACAUAGCUAAUGGGCUUGCUACCAAGAAGAAAGUCACUGUCAAGAAGCCCACUGCGUCUCAUAAACAGCACAAAAAGCCUCAAAGGAAAAAGGAUCGCACCUGGAGAGUCGGGAAUGAUGGUGGUGAUGGAAUGCCAGUAGCAAGAUGCAAUUUUGGAAAUAAAGUGCCUAAAUGUUUUGUUGAAAAAAAAAAUACAAUAUAACUGAUGUUUAAUCUACUUAUGAUUAUAUUAGAACCUGUUCUGAAAGUCUGCCUGCAGAUUUUACUUCCAAUAGGCAUGCCUAUUCUACAAUCUCCUGGAUAGUUUGUUUAGAUCUACCAUUAGAUGUACCACCAUUUUUCGUUUCAGCAUUCUUUUAUCUGUCAUAUUGUGUGAGAUUCCAACAAUAUUCUGUAUCAUUUUCUGAUAGAUUAGCUAUAGAUAUCCCGUCUUCUCGUGGAGGUAGAUUUUGAUCAUAAAUGAAAAGUUUUCAGAAUUGGAACCGAA